AUGAACGCCCGAAGAGCGGAUGUGUUGCGGUUGUACAAGCGUGCGAUCGGUCUUGCCGGACCGUAUGUGGACUCUCCAGGAGUGCGCGAGUUCAUGCGAACGGAGAUGGUCCGCGAAUUGACCUCGCAUGGCGUAUCGCGAGAGAAGAUUCUUGAAAUCGAGCAAGUUGCGCAGAAGAGGGAAAAUUUGAUCGAGGCGUGCAAGGACAACGUGCGCACCCUCUUCAGGGAUCGCAUGGAUGAGAAGAAGCCAAGCGAAAUCGACUACCUGCUCCGGCAAGGCGAGGUCGAAUUGGCUGCGGUGGAGGACAAGAUCAUCCGACAGAAGCGAAAAUUCGGCAUGGUGAAGGAAGGAGGAGACAUUCGCUACGUCGUCACACCAAGCGAAGAAUAA